AUGACUUCUCUUGAGGAGUUCAUAGACUCCUAUGAUAUGGAAGUCCUGGCGUCACAAUUACAAGGUGACUCAAUACAGAGCUCGAUUAUAUCUCUGAAACAGCAAGAUGUCGAGUUGACUAGGCAAUUGCAGGUGUGCAAUCAUUUGAGCUCGUUCUACCAGUUAUUCAAUAAUCUAACAUUUGAUGAGAACCCUUCUGUGCUACAGACCCAGCAUUUAGUCGAAUCAUUCAACAAAUUGACCUACCAGAGACAUCGCUUGGACGAAUUUCUUGCCAAACAUGGAGUGGAUUCGUCAAAAUUACUGAUUGUUCAGGAUAUUUCUCAACAAACUGAAGCAAAAAAACAGCAGUUGACAAAUCAGCUAAUGGAAUGCUUGAAACUGUAUAUAAAAAUUGAAGACUCCAAGAUCGAGUUUCAUUCAGCCGUUGAUGGAGUUAGCUUUCACAAAUUUUGUUCUUUGGAUGAUUCGUUAAAUUCUAGAAGGUUUCAUAGAGUGUUUGAAGAUUGGCUCAAAGAACAUGUAAAUCAAGGGCUUUCAUAUUUUCAGAACACUCUGACAGUUUCAAAUGCCGAACAGUCGUUCAUAAACGUAAUUGAAUCAUUGGAAUCUUUUGUCAGAUUUAUCAACGACUUUGAGGAAGCGAAUACUUCAAAAUCUUUCAAUCUUAAACAUUAUACAAGUAAAACCUUGUAUGAUAUUCUAAAACCAUACAUGCUACACCCUGAGAUUGUGUUUGACCUCCUGCAAAGUAAAAUUUGCAAUAUUGAGAAUAAAACUAUGAGUCGUUUAAUUGAAUUGAAUCGCUUGCUGGUAACUACUGACUGGGUUAAGAACCUAAGUGAUAUUGAUAUUUGGUUAGAUGAUUUGGUUUCCCAGUGGCUAGACACAUCUGUAGAAAGCCUUAUCGAAGAACUGAAGUAUUUGAGCCAGAAGAUUCUGACCAAUCAAUCUUGGACAGAGACUAUCCAGGAAGUAAACAAGCUUGAAGCCGGAAAAUGGCAAGUUGAAAGGAGAUCCUCAACCAAGAAUCCACAAAUGACAUCAACUAAAAAUACAGAAACAGAAUGGGACAAUUGGGAUGAUGGUUGGGAUUCGGAAAGUGUUAAUGACAAACGAAGUAUUGAUGCUCGUUCAAUAAGGAGCAAGAGAAAUAGUUGGGGGGAUAACUGGGAUAGGCUGAGUAAGAAAGAUAGUUGGAGUGAUAACGGUUGGAAUGACGGCUGGAAUGAAGAGUUUUCUGAUAAUGACAAUGAUGUAACCGAAACACGCUCAAAUAUUCGGGCUGAUGAACCAGAAAUGCGAACUUCUAACACUCAAUCACAUACUCUCCGGUCCUCAGUGUCUGAACAGUUUCUUCAAGUGAUCAAACAGAAAUUUUUCGAUCCUGUUUCAAAGGUUUCAAGUAUGGACAUCGAUCCUGAUGUUAAGGACGAAAUCAACGAUCUUCGUUCCAGUAAAUCAAUCGUGAUCAUAAACAGCAUUGUCAUGUUAUUUGACUCCUUCUUGACCCCACGAUAUACAACGCCUAUCCUGGUCUAUCAAGAUCUAAGCUAUUUGAUUAAUCAAAUAGACCCACAAAAAAAUUCACUAGGUGAUAACUUUCUGAGCAAUCUUAUUGAUUCCGAGUCGGAUUUUCUCUUUCAGUCAGCCUUACAAUACAACGAUUUGUUUGUUGAUAAUGAUGAUUCUUCUGACCGUUUAAUCGAGUUGGCAUCUCAAUUUCAACUGGAUUUUCAGAAAAAAGCUUCACAGUUUUACGAAAAAUUCUAUUACAACUCCAAUAAUUUCACUGUUAAUGAAACAUUAAAUAUUACACUGAUCCUGACCAUAUUGGAUCAAUUUUUACAGUCUUUGAGUGAUUUGAUUUUGGAAAGAGAAUCUAUCGGAGACGAAGAAUCUAAAAUAUUGGCCAACGUACUCAUAAUAACACUUCAGAGUCUCUUACCAUCAAAAUAUCAUGGAACCACUGAUCCUUUAGCUGUCAAGAUUCCUCAAACCAUCAAACAUUACCACAAGAUUCAAAGUAUUGCAUUCAUGUUCCAGAGUUCUAUGAAAGUCAUCCUAGACGAGUUACUAACGAAGGGUCGCUAUACGAUAUGGAAACGUAACGAACUAAUCAGACUAAUCAAGGCACUUUUUAUAGACAGUGAGAUGAGAUCAGCCACAAUUAACGAGAUAGUGGAUGUUCGAACCACGGAUUAA